AUGCAGGUGCUGAGAAGUCAGGAGGCCUACGUGUGCGGCCAGUGCGGCAAGGAGCACUCGGCGGCAGCGCCCUCAGUGCGCUGGCACAGUCGCUCACAUGGUGCGAGUCUCUGUCCAGAAUGCCACCCGUGUCCUAAGCCGGCGGUUCUUGGGGUAUCCGCAGAGUGGAUUCUGGGUACUUUCCCAGAGCUUGCCCGAUCAGCAACGGGAAAGGCGAAUCCGAACUUCCACGAGAUUUGCCCAGCAGUUGCCAUGGGACCACAAGGUCUUGGCUUCGGCAAGACUUGUCCGCGAGAUGGGGGGCUCGGGUGCAGCAUUCUUGACGCCCUGGACGAAAGCUGCAGAGGCAGGGCCACGCACUUUGUCUCUUGGUGCUGGGAUUAUACUUUGGAGGACUUCGUGAGCGCGAUUCAGUCGUGGAUCCAGAGGGAAGCAACCAGCCCAAGCGACGUGUGCUUGUGGGUUUGCUUCUUCUGCAACAACCAGUACCGCAUGAUCGAGUCUGGCACUCAGACGGGUUCGGACGAGCUGAAAGCCGUCUUCGAGAACCAUCUGGACGAAGCGGGUCGGAUGCUGCUUAUGUUGGACAGCUUCACAACGCCCAAAUACGUCACCAGAGCUUGGUGUAUCUUCGAAAGCUAUGUCUGCAUCAACAGGAAUCUCGACAUGUCCAUCAUCCUGCCUUUCAGGUCAAGGGAGAGUUUUCGGGAAACUUUGGAUGCGGCGGGUGGCCUCAGUCAGUUGCGCAAGGCCUUCGAGGACAUGGAUAUGAGAUAUGCGGAGGCAUCCAACAAAGUAGACGAAGACAUGAUCAAGAAGCUGAUAUUGACAACAAGUGGCUUCGAUGCAGUCAACGACGCAGUCCAAAAGUGCUUGCUCAAAUGGCUCACGAGCAUGUUCCAAGAAGAUCUGCUGAGCCAAC